AUGGCUCCAGUAGUAGAUAGCCCGCAGUUCGACAUCUUGGUCAUUGGUGCCGGACUGUCAGGUAUCAGCUGUCUUUAUCACACCAGACGACUGUUCCCAUCCUGGCGCGUCAAAGUGUUUGAGGCUGCUGAUGAGGUGGGAGGAACUUGGUACUUCAAUCGCUACCCCGGGGCACGAUUCGACUCAGAAGCGGUGUCUUAUCACUUGUCUUGGGAUAAGGAAUUUCUUGCCGAGUGGAAUUGGUCUGAGGAGUUCGCUGCCCAGCCCGAGAUUCUACGAUAUAUUCAGGCGUUCUGCGACAAAAAUGACACACGACGAGAUGUCCAAUUCAACACAAGAAUCGCCCAUGCCAGCUGGAACGAAGAAAAUAGAUUGUGGCUUUUGACGGACGACAAAGGAGCCAAGUACUUUACUCGUUUCCUGAUUACGGGCGUGGGUAUCCUGUCAGCCCCCCAAUUGCCCAACAUCCCGGGUAUCUCCAGCUUCAAAGGCCAGGCGUAUCAUACUUCGAGAUGGCCGCGGGACUUUGACAUGGCUCGAGAUCUGAAGGACAAAAGGAUUGGUGUCAUUGGUACAGCCGCCACCGGAAUUCAGACCAUCACUGCCAUCUCCAAAGAGCCAGGGAUCAAGUCAUUGAGUGUCUUCCAGCGGACGGCCAGUUGGUCGGCACCCCUCCGAAACACUCCGAUUUCACCAGAAAGAAUGGCCCAGUACAAGACUCAGUAUGAUUCUAUCUUCGAACAAUGCGCGAACGCACCGCAGGGGUUUCUGUAUGGGCCCGACCCAAGAAAUACGUUCGAUGUCCCCGAGGAAGAGAGAGUUGCGCUGUGGGAGAAGCUCUAUAGUGAACGCGGCUUUGGCAAGUGGAUGGGCCUGUUUAAGGACACAUACACAGACCCUGUGGCUAAUAAAGCCUACUCCGACUGGAUAGCUGACAAGAUACGAAGUCGCGUCCAUGACAAAGUGCUUGCAGAAAAGCUCAUCCCAACAGAUCAUGGGUUUGGCACCAAGCGUGUUCCUCUGGAGAGUGGCUAUUUUGAAGCCUUCAACCAACCCAACGUCCACUUGGUCAACCUCCGCGAGACACCAAUCACCACCGUCACACCGUCGGGCAUACUGACAGCUGACGGCAAGGAACAUGAGCUGGACAUCUUAGUCUUUGCCACGGGAUUUGACGCUAUUACGGGCGCGUUGGCUGGUAUACACUGGACAGGCAAAGAUGGCCGGCCACUUUUCGAAACAGGCAAUUCUGAGAAGGACAAGCGGGCAAUUUGGGCAGACAAUGAGACAGUUACGUUCUUGGGACUCAUGGCGCCGUCUCUUCCCAACACGUUCAUGAUACUCGGCCCUCAUCAGCCAUUCGGGAAUAUUCCCAGGAGCAUUGAAAACUCUGUAAAUGUGGUGAUGAGACUCCUCCAGUUUCUUAAAAUCAACGGCUACACUUAUGUGGAGCCGAAGCAAGAGGCUGCAGAUGCCUGGUAUGAGCAUGUAGUUGAGUGCAGCAAAGGGUUACUUUCAAGUGAGAUAAGUGGCUGGGCGACAGGAGUCAAUACAAACGUGGAAGGCAAGUCUCGUCGACGAGUUGCAAAAUACAGUGCGACGUACCGACAGUUUCUCGAUAAAUGUGAGGAGGCCGAGAAGGCUGGCUGGACUUCAUUGUAUCUUAAGUAG